CUGUUGUAGUCGGGACUUAACCUUGAAGAAGAAGAAGAAGAAGAAGUAGAAGAAGAAGAAGAAGAAGAAGAAGGAGAUGAUGAUGGUGACUGAUCUGAUCUCCGCGCUCGUCCUCGUCCUGUCCGCGCGCUGCGCCUCAGGUUCUUAUCCGCGAGCGCAGAAUGUCACUUGGAAAUCCACCAACUUCAAAACCAUUCUGUCCUGGGAGCCGAAGCCCUCGCCCGACUUCUCCUACACCGUGGAGUUCUCUGCGGUCGGUGGCAACAAGCAGAGUUCCCUUCACUGCCUCCGCUCCUCGGCGACGGUGUGCGACCUGUCCGGCUCCCUGACCGAGCUGGACGCCUACUACACCGCCGAGGUCCUGUCGGAGCCGCCGCUGGGGGCGACCUCCGACCUCGUCGAGUUCCCCUACACCAGCGCGCCGCGGUUCUGCCCCUACAAAGACACUGAGAUAGGCAGACCCAACUUCAAGCUGGAGGUGAGCGACGACAAGAAGAAAACCACGCUGUACGUGGCCGACCCGGCCACCGCCCUGUACAAAGACGGCCGCCAGCUGAACAUACGGGACGUCUUCUCCGACCAGCUGCAGUACAGGGUCACCUAUCGGAAGAACAAGAGCACGGGCAAGAAAGUCUACAACUACAAGACCAACAUAAUAGAGCUGCUCGACCUGGACCGAGGCGUGAGCUACUGCUUCAACGUCCAGGCCUACCUCCCCGACCGCGCCGCCGACAAGCAGCUGGGGGAGCUGAGCCACACCCAGUGCACCAAAGACCACAACCAGUCCAUCUUCGAAGUUUAUUCCGUGGGCGUGAUCGCUUCUGCCAUCUUCCUCAUCCUGCUGCUCAUCGGCAUAAUAAUCGCCGUCACGUACAUCUGCUGCAAGCGCCACAAGAAUUCACAGGGACGUGAAAAAGAGGGGAUGCCACUCCGGGAUGUAUAGUGUGUGUGUGUGUUUCACUCACACACACACACACACACACACACACACACACACACACACACUUUGCUGUGGGAACAUGCGGUACAGCUGAACUGGACUAAGUCGAACAGUUCAACGUUCCACUGUCAAAACACUGGGAUCAACUCUUCCUUUGGUUUCUGUGAAACUGCCCCCUAAUGUGUUAGCACCUAUUUUUUAUUCAUUUCUUUUUCAUUUCGUGCUGCAAAAAAAAGAGAAAAAGAGAGGCCUUGGGAAAGGUGUGAACACUCCUGCUGUGCACGUACGUCAUCGCACUGAAGCUGUCAUAGUCAAGUCUCUGUCUUUAAAGACUGGUAUUUAAUAAUUGUAGAUGAACACUACCAACUGAUAUUUAUUUCAUUCAAUAGUUUUCCUUUCGAACUUGAAAUGACGUCACGACGAGGAACUUUUAGGGGAAAUCAAGACUUUGUACAUUCUAUUUUUGUAUCCGAUUGCUUAAUUUAUUGUGUUUUAAAUUGAGAUUAACAUAUUUUGUAUAUGAAGCUGUUAGCCGUUUUAUACAUCUGCAUUGUUUUAGAUCAUUUUAUUUUUUGGGUGGGUGAAAUAUUCAAGAAUUAAUAAAUGUUUUAAAAGAA